AUGUCGGUUCCUUCCAAACCCCCAAAGGCUAUCCUGUUCGACAUUGGCGGUGUAGUCGUUGUCAGCCCCUUCCAAGCGAUCCUCGACUAUGAAAUCGAGAACAAGAUCCCAGUCGGCUAUAUCAACUAUGCGAUUCAAAAAGGACCCCACGACACAGGUGCAUGGCAGCUGAUUGAACGGGGCGAAGUCGAACUCAAUGACGCCUGGUUCGCAUCGUUUAAGCAGCAACUUUCGCGCCCCGAAGUAUGGUCGGAAUAUCUGCAAAAGCUGGCAAAAAAACAAAGCGUAGGGGGUGGUCAGGCUGUUGCUGGAGGAACACCGGCAGUACCCAACAUUGAUGCCAAGAGGCUGUUCUGGCGCAUGAUGAAGAUCAGUCGCACACCGGAUCCAUACAUGUACCCUGCGCUGCGCAAGCUGGGCGAGAGCGGGAGAUUUGUACUUGGCGCUUUCAGUAACAACGUCACGUUUCCUACUGGCAUUCUGGACGAUGAAGGCGCCCUUUUCACAAAGGAAAUCGUACAUGCGCCGCCGCCGAAUCCUUACGCAAAUGAUUCCGUAGACAUAACCUCAUUUUUCGACGUCUUCCUCGGUUCGGCUGCCGUUGGUGUACGAAAACCCGAUCCCGAGGCAUAUAAGCUGGCGGUAAGGGAGAUGGAUAAGAUUGCAAAGAAGAAGGGCAUGGGAGAAGUGACGGCGGGUGAUACGCUCUUCUUGGAUGAUAUUGGAAUCAAUCUCAAGUUUGCGAAGAAGACGGGACUAAGGACUAUCAAGGUCAAUUUGGGCAAGACAAGGGAGGCGGUGAUGGAGUUGGAAGCGGCUGUUGGUAUACCGUUGUUGGAUGAGAAAGCUAAGCUGUGA